AUUGGCGUUUCACUACAUUCCCUUCAGAGGCGCUGAUGAGUGGUUUGAAAAUUUUUGUAAACACUUCUGCAUUUUCUGGCGUUUUCUGUGCGGUGUAGCGUGAAAAUUGAGUGAAAAUAUGUCCAAGCGUCAGACUAGCGUCUCUCCACAGCUCAGCUCCGCCAAGAUUACCGACACGGAGGACGUGAGCGAGGUGAGGGAGCGAAUACAGGCGCACGUCAGUAGGAGGUCCACCACCGGAGCCUCUGUCAUGCCCUCUCCGGACGGCCUGAGGCGCAGCACGGGCGUUCGGCGGCGCCCCUACGCACAGUGGAACUUCACAAACGGAGAGCCAGUUGGUGGGGCGACAUACCUCAACGCUGCUGCAAUUCCCAUCAGCUCGCAGGAGAGCAUCAUCCUGAGCGAGCUGCUGUUCUGCCUGAUCGGCAUCCGCGGGACGUACAUCGUGCCCGAGUUCCAGGGAGACACUCUGGUGGGCUUCAAGGUGUCCGAUCAGAUCAGUGAGAUUCUGAGAGACCUCGUGAAGGACAUCCUGCCACUGGCGCUGCACUAUUCGCAGAUCCAGAGCUUCAUCCAGCGAACGGACGACAUGGAGAGCGGCCCUGUGCUCCAGGCGCUGGCGGAAGCCAUCAGGGAGUUCUGUCAUGACUACUACAUAUCCGUGGUGGAGCUAGAGGCGCUGCUGCAGAAGGAAAAUCUCACGCUCCACAAGGUGCUCUACUACACGAAGCCAAUAAUGGUGUCCAUGGAAGUGAUCGCCGAUGCCCUGAACACAAUCACGCAGGCCAACAUCCGGGGCGGCGAGGUGCUCACUCUGCUGGACGACAGGAUCGCCAAUCGCACGGGCAACGCCAAUGCGCGCAAGACGCUCAUUGAUCUCAUGCAGAAGGCCGCUGUGCCAUACAUGGAAGCCCUGCAGGCGUGGAUCUACAAGGGCGCCGUGGCGGAUCCGCACAAUGAGUUCCUCAUCGAGGACACUGAGGUGUGCCCCAAGGGCAUCGAGGAUGACUACACGCUCAACUACUGGGCGGCGCGAUACAUGGUGCACCACGAUCGCAUUCCACGCUUCCUCGAGAAUCUCUCUGACAUCAUCCUGCGCACGGGAAAGUACCUGAACGUCAUCCGGCAGUGUGGCCAGAACAUCACCCCGCCGCGCUCCGAAGCCCUCGUCUACUCCCAUUCCAACCAGAAUCACGUGCUGCUCAUCAAAGACGCCUACAACUUCGCCUCACGCACGCUGCUGGACGUGCUGAUGAAGGAGAACGACCUCAUGGGCCACCUGCAGUCCAUGAAGCGCUACUUCCUGCUGCAGCAGGGCGACUUCAUUAUGCAGUUCAUGGACGCGUGCGAGCAGGAGCUCUCGAAGAAGAUCCACGCCGUGCAGCCGGUGAAGCUGGAGAAUCUCCUGGGACUCACGCUGCGACUCUCUGCGGCCAGGAAUGAUCCGUACAAGGAGGACCUCACCAUGACACUGCUGACGGUGGAUCUCUUCACGCAGAUGUCCAGGCUCACGAACAAUGACUACCUGGACGACGAGGAGUCGCUGGACAUUCGCGAUCUCACGGGUCUGGAGUGCUUCGCCUUUCAGUACAGCGUGAAGUGGCCAGUGUCGCUGAUUCUCAAUCCUCUGAUCAUCUGCAAGUACCAAAUGCUCUUUCGCCAACUGUUCUACUGCAAGCACGUCGAGAGGCAGCUUUGCAAAGUGUGGAAGUCCAAUAAUAAUGCGAAGAAAUUCGCCCCGGAAGCGGCAGAGCUGUACAGAUCGGCCUUCACGCUGCGCCAGCGAAUGAUGAAUGCCAUCCAGAACAUCAGCUACUACAUGAUGGUUGAGGUGAUUGAGCCCAAUUGGCACGUGCUGAAUCAAAAUAUGGCCACGGUGGAGAAUGUGGACGACGUGUUGAGAGUCCAUCAGAACUUCUUGGACAUGUGCCUCAAGAAUUGUAUGCUAAUCCACACGGAUUUGCUGAAGAGCAUCACGAGAUUGCUGAAGAUUUGCACGCACUUCUGUGACUUCAUUCAGAAAGCCCAGCGGUAUUUCAUUGAUGCUGAACUCACGUCAAUGUUGAAGAGUUGUGGGUGGAAUGAUCAGUCAGACUCGGAGUAUGACAUGUCAGCCAGUCAGCCGAAUCAGGCCGAAUCGGCAAUGGAGCCUUCGGAGACUUUCUCUGAGAACGUGAAGAGGUUCGAUCUGGAGUUCACGGGACUCCUGAUUGGUCUGAUAAAGCACAUAAAUGACGUGGCGAAUGACAAUGCGGCCGACAAGUUGAUCAAUCUCCUGCACAGAAUCAACUUCAACUCCUUCUACAGCGACCAAUUGAACUUCCUCUGCGCCAAGGAUUCCAUGGGCAAGAGCCCGAAGUGAGAGGCAUCGAACGUCGCACGGUAUGUUUGUCACUUUUUGUUGAAAUUAGACUUGAUUUUGGAGAAGAAUCUCGAUUUUCUGGUUAAUUUCUCCAAGUUGU